AUGGUGGUGUUCCAACCUCCCCACAUGGAGACGAUCGUUGCCGCCCUAUGCCACCCGCUGGUCACUCAGGUGUCUGCCGCCAUGACGCACUUCCCCACUGCCGCUGCCGGGGCCAAUCAGAAUCAGACACAUCACCACCCUGCCAACUCUGAUCCAGCGAUCAAGCCCGAUCCAACGGUUCACAUUGAUCGAGCAGUGCACGUGGACCUCGUGUGUCUGUUUGACGGCCUGCCCACGUGGCUGCUGGCAACGGCUCGCAACCCCAACCGGAUAGCUUAUCAUGACCCAGCACCAGUUUCAGCCACGUGGGAGGGAAGCACUCAUGAGGAUAAGUGCAAGGUGAAAGCUCAGGGUGUGCAAGGUGAGGUGUGUGGAAGGGUGAGGUGUGGGGAAGCCUACCUACCUACAACCCCCUGCCCCUCUCCUCAUCUCAUGCCUCCUCUUUCAUUCACCCUCAUUCUUAGGGGCUUACGUCCCCCCAUUCUGCCCCCCAUUCGUUCCCCCCAUCGUUUUCUUCCCUUCUUCCUUGGUCAUUCUCCUUGGUCUUCUCCCCCUUCCCCCCUCUCUUCCCCCUUCCCCCCCCUUCCCCCCCCCCCCCUCCCCCCUCUCCCCCCCCCUCUCCCCCUUUCCCCCCUCUCUUCCCCCCCCCCCCCUCUUCCCCCUUCCCCCCUCUCUCCUUCCCCCUUCCCCCCUCUCUUCCCCCUUCCCCCCUCUUUCCCCCUUCCCCCCUCUCUUCCCCCUUCCCCCCUCUCUUCCCCCUUCCCCCCUCUCUUCCCCCUUCCCCCCUCUCUUCCCCCUUCCCCCCUCUCUUCCCCCUUCCCCCUCUCUUCCCCCUUCCCCCUUCUCUUCCCCCUUCCCCCCUCUCUUCCCCCUUCCCCCCUCUCUUCCCCCUUCCCCCCUCUCUUCCCCCUUCCCCCCUCUCUUCCCCCUUCCCCCCUCUCUUCCCCCUUCCCCCCUCUCUUCCCCCUUCCCCCCUCUCUUCCCCCUUCCCCCCUCUCUUCCCCCUCCCCCCUCUCAUCCACGCCUCCUCCACACUCCCCAGUACCCCCUGCCCUCCGCUCAUCCGAUCGCGGCAUUCGGCAGCGCAUCCUCUCUGCCCAAUCAGCAGCUGCCACGUGUCCCCCUGCAGCCAGGCCUGAGGCGGUGGUGGUGGUGUUUGGCAGAGGCGUGAGGGGGAGUGUGGCAGUGAUGGUGGCGAGGGACAUGGGGGGAGAGAGGGUGGUGGGGAGUGAUUUGAUGGGGGAGAAAGGGAGGGAGAGUGUGGAGGGGAUGGUGGUGGAGCCUGGUAUGGUGGGGGAUAGUGUUAGGGAGAGUGGAGGGAUUGCGGUUGGAAGAGAGAGAGUAUGCAGUAUGAUCGGUGGGGAGAUGAGAGGGGAGAGAGAGGAGAUCAUGGAAGAGGGAGGCAUGAUGGAGGAGGGAAACACGAUGGGUGGGUUAGGAGAUGCGAUGGUGGAAGAUGCGGAAGGGUGUAUGGAAAGGGAGGAGGAUGAGACGGCAGACAGCUGGGACGAGGAAAAUGAUGAGGAGGAGGGUGAUGAGGAGGAGGGCGAUGAAGAUGACUUCCGUGUGCUGUUUGAUGGGGAUGCUGGUGCCUCACAUGCUGCUGACGUGGCGCAUGGUGUAUGGUUCCGUAUUUCCACGCGUGCGCUGCCAGCACAUGUGGCAAGGCUGCUGGACUUUUUGCACGCUCAACCGUCCAAUCAGCUGCUUGCUCAACCGUCCAAUCAGCUGCUUGCUCAACCGUCCAAUCAGCUGCUUGCUCGACCGUCCAAUCAGCUGCCUGCUCAUGCUGGUGUGGCAGACGGUGCAUGUGGCAGUGAAGCUGCACAUGCACACCCACCAGACAAAAAACCUGAGUUACCACCUGAGGAAGGUGGUGUGAUUGAUGCGAAGGGGUCAGGUGGAGUGCUGAACCUGGAUGUGACAGCAGCGGUGGCUCUGGUAUCAGAGCUUUCAUAUGGGGGCGCACAGCGGAUCGCAGGCUUGGCAGAACCGGACCUGCGGGCGAGGUUCGGAAACACGUGGCAGUUCAUGAGAGAUCAGGCACAAGCCGAACUGGCCCAGCCUCAGCUUCAGCUUUUGCAGGAAUCGCUUCUCAACAGGGACUUGAUCAUGUGUGAAACGGCUUAUAAAGAGUUCUCUUCUAUCGUGGAUGUCAUCGCUGGACCCAGGGAGAAGCAGAGAGCUGCUGCUCUGUUUUCUUCUCAUGUCAGAGUGGUUCCGGAUCAGCCCUCGUCUAGGCUGCUCUCUCUGCCCUCCACUGCACGAAUCAAGCAGCGCCAUGUCAUCAUCUUCGGGACGGCCGACAGCUGGGGUUGCGCUACACUCUCUGCCAGCUCAGCAUUUGUUAGGGCGGCACGCCAUGCUGGCGCACUGGUGAGAGUGGUGGAGCACCGUCCAUGUGCGCUGAUGGGGGAGUGA